AUGCUACCGACACCUGACACAUCGCAUGUGUCAUUCGACACCAUCUACGAGCCAUCUGAGGACUCGUAUCUCUUCUUGGACACACUCUCAUCUCCACCAGAGUCAAAAUGGCUCUCCGAGAGAUUCCAAAACGCCAACCCAAUGCCGUUGGUGGUCGAAGCAGGCACGGGCUCUGGCGUAGUUUUGGCCUUUACAGCGGCACAGUCACAAGAGAUCUUUGGACGUCGAGACAUCCUCACGCUAGGAACAGAUGUGAACCGCAAUGCCUGUAUCGCGACUCGAGAGACAGUGUCAACAGCCAUCAAAGAGCAGCAAAAAGCGCAAGAUAAUUCAAACAUGCACGCCGUCCAUGUUUCCUCUUUAACGUCCGAUCUCUGCUCUGCGUUGCGCCCCCGCAGCGUCGACGUCCUUCUUUUCAACCCACCCUAUGUUCCGUCAGAGGAAUUGCCUCGCCUCCCAUCCGCAGAAGAGAAUGAUCCCACUACAUCUAAAGCCAUGUCUCGCUCCGCCAAGUUCGAGAGCGACUCGUACUUUUUGUCGCUGACAUACGCGGGCGGCGCUGAUGGUAUGGAGACCACAAAUCGGUUAUUAGAUGCCCUUCCCGAGACACUGUCAUGCCGUGGAGUGGCAUAUGUACUGCUUUGCAAGCAGAAUCGGCCCGAUGAAGUGAUGGAACGUGUCCGCAGUUGGGGUGGGUGGUGUGCAGAGACAGCUGGCUCGAGUGGUAUGCAGGCGGGGUGGGAAAAGCUGGUCAUCGUUCGGAUAUGGCGAGAGGAUCGCUCGUGGGUAGGAGGCCAGCACUGA